CUCGAUUCGAUUUCGAGUUCUUCAGGGCAUUCUUUAAUUGCAGCUCUUCCUGUCUUCCACAUCACACGCAAGCCCAAUGUCCCCACUGCCACGAUGUCCGCGGAAGACCUUGCUUCGAACAAUAACCCUGGGAGAAGACGCAAGAGGAACAGAAAUCAAUCUCCAGAGGCAAGGAAGAAACCCCGCCUGGACGAAGGCACUUCUCACCCUGUGCAAGCAAAGAAACAGCUCCAGCAAGCAACAAUCUCUGUGCUCAAAUAUCUAGGUAAAAGGCCAGAUACGUUCGUCUAUCCUCCGCUGGAAGAGAAAAAUGGCCAGGAAAUACGGGUUUUGAUUAUUGAGCCCGGCAAAGGCGACGAUGAGAUUCGAUGCAAACUAGUUCCCGCCGCAUUGCCCAAAUCGGACCCGUCUGACACUGAAAAGUAUGUGUAUAUCGCGCUGUCAUACAACUGGGGUGAAGGCCAACCAAUACACCCGAUCACUAUUACAAACUACAUCACUUCGAAGAAGCGCAUGAAGGAGCCGUCCCUAGAAAAGCGUCUUGCCAUGAAAUUUCGAAAGCAUAAGGACUGGUGUUCGAGCGGAGAGAAAUACGUCAGAUCGAAUCUCUUCGUAGCUUUGAAAAGGUUUAGGAGGAAGGACAAGGAAACAAUUAUGUGGAUAGAUGCUCUGUGUAUCGACCAAGACGAUCCGCACGAACGAUCGGCACAGGUCAAACAGAUGCACGAGCUCUAUAUCCAAGCUGAAAAAGUGAGGAUCUGGCUCGGUGAUGGUAGUACUGCUGCAAAGGAGGGCUCUCCGAAGGACUGUUUCAACUUUUUACGAAGGAUCCUCGGAGAGCUGGACAAGCUACUGGACGAUCUUGGGAAGGAGAAUACCGCAGUAAUGGAAGCAGCCAAACAAGUGGUGGUUCAACUGAUGUGCAACAAAUGGUUCAGUCGCCGCUGGAUUAUCCAGGAGCUCGCACUUGCUCGGACAGCGGAAGUGGUGUAUGGGAACCAAACGAUGCCUUGGUCAGACUUUGCGGACGCCAUCGCGAUUUUUAUCAAAAGCCAGGAUCGCAUCGGCGCGGUAUUAUCAAAGAUGAUCGCCGACCAAGCAUCCUCUACUGCAGAGUUAGGGCUCGUCAACGGCGUGACGAACUUGGGAGCUAAUGCACUUGUGGACUUCAUCAACAAUCUCUUUCGACGAACGGAGAAUGGGGAUAUACAGCAACGCAUGUUGACCUUGGAGUGCCUUGUCUCCAACCUACUGGCCUUUGAAGCGACAAAUCCCAGAGAUACCAUAUAUGCCGUCCUAUCACUGGCCAAAGAUACCCAUAAGCUUUCCACUGAGACGAACGUAAAUGCGAAAAACCUGCAACUGGACAAGAGACUCUUACCAGCCUAUCAGAACUGUUUACUUGACGUCUAUACAGACUUCAUUGACUAUUGCAUCGGCAGCUCGCGCUCACUGGAUAUACUAUUGCGCCACUGGGCCCGGUCCGAGGAAAGUGACGGGCGGAAAGCGCUUCUCUCUGAAGCCAACUCCGAUUCCGAGGUCACUGAGGAAAGGCUGCCAACGUGGAUUCCCUUAAUCCACAAGUCACCAUUUGGCCUACCUACACAGAGACCACGAGGCCGGUCUAACGGCGAUAGCUUUGCUGGGACUUCAUUUCGCAGCAGUCAGAGGAAUUACAACGCAACGUUGAGUCUCCGACCGGAAUUUUCUUUUGGAAGAAUGGCUUACUCCUCGAAAACCCCUAAUCGGGAUCGAAAGAAGACGUACAAUGGAACUCUAUUCGUCAGAGGCCUCCGCAUCGGCAAAGUCAAGAAAACAACGCCACGUGCAGCGCAGGGAAUGCUAUUCAACAAUUCAUUAAACCUGGCCGGAUUUGACAUUAGAUGGUGGGAGGAUCAUCACGAGUGGGCAAAAGGGAUUCCACGUGUACCUGAGCGCUUUUGGCGCACAAUCGUUGCUGACCGUGGCCCUGAUGGGUCAAAUCCACCGAGUUGGUAUCCUCGAGCAUGUCUGGAAUGUCUUUAUAACGUGAAUUCAAAUGGGGAUCUCAGACCGGACGAUGUGAUCGAUCUGAAAAAUGCAUCAAGCAUAGCGAAACUAUUCUUGGCACGCGUUAAGGAUGUGGUCUGGGGAAGGAGAAUUGUGAGUAUAGAGCUCGAGAACGAAAAAACGACAUUUGGCCUUCUACCACCGGAGACUAAGAAAGGGGACAUAGUUUGCGUUUUCUUCGGUUGCAGCGUGCCGGUGGUUCUUCGUCAGCAAGAAGAGGAGGAGGAGGAGGAGGAAGAGGAGGACAACGAAGAAGACAAUGGGAAGAAAUAUUACUUCCAUAUGAUCGGCGAAUGUUUCAUUUAUGGUAUGAUGGAUGGUGAAGCAGUUGCGGACAGGAAGUGGAAGCGCCCCUACAGACAUGCAGAACAGUUUGUUAUCAAGUAGGUAUUAGAUCUGAAGGACAUAACAUUGUAUAAUUCCAAUUCGGGUAUGUUCCCGUGGCUUGAGGCCCAGGACAGAGCGUUUCUCAAACCUGGAUGAAACUCGAUCACAUACUUUUCGAGUGUCAAUUGGUACGAGUCAAUGAAAACUACCCGCUCAAAAAUACUACCUGGCGCAUUCCUAAUCGUCGAACUUGCAGCGAUUUCGCCUGUAAGUGACCAGAGCAA